UAACAGCCCUCUCCUCCACUAAACUUCUCCUCCCCUCAGCUUCCCUACAGAUCAGGAAGGAAGAGAGAGAGAACACACAACACAUCUGACCAGAUGAAGCUCAUCACCGUCAUCCUCCUCUUCUCUGUGGUUCACUGUGUUCAGAGCAAAAGUUGGUUCAGAGAUUGUGCAGGUGCGCUAAAGCAGAUUGUUCAAGGUAUUAGGGACAUAUGGAGGUUUCUUGGUGACUUGCGUAGAGGGAACUUGAAAAAUUUAGACACAUACUUUCAUGCUCGUGGGAGCUCUGAUGCUGCGCAGAGCGGACCUGCUGGGGAAGCCAAAGCGAUCAGUGAUGGCAGAGAAUUGCAAUUUGGCAGCAGUGGCAAAGACUCUAAAGCAGACCAAUUUGUAAAUGAAUGGGGCAGGAGUGGCAAAGACUCCAAACGGUUCAGGCCGGCUGGUCUGGACCCCAAAUACUGAGAUGAUUUGUUCCCUCCUCUUUUCCCCUCCCUGCCCUCCCUUCUGUGCCACCUGGUUGGAGCAUCUGCUCUCUCUGUUUUAGACUCAUGCUUUGUGUUCAAUAAACAUCCAAGCAAAGAA